AUGAGGACCCAGAGUCCCUGCCCUUUGGGGAGUGGCCAGCCCCCGGGGCUCACAUACCCUCUUCCCUGAGGAGCCUCAGGCCACUGGAACCACAAAUGGGCUGCCUGGCUCACUGGCCUGGGAACCAGCAGUGGAGAACUUGGCUCUCAGCAGAGCAAGACUCAGAGAACCAUUGGCCGGCUAGACUGCAGCCCCUUCAUAGGGCCAAAAGAAAGAGGGGCUAGUGCUCUGGCAGGUGCACCUGCCCUCUUCCCCUCCCCAAGCAAACUCACGUUGAAGGGGAGGGUGGGGACACUGCUACCCACAGACAGCAUUAUGUGAGGAACUUGGACCUUAAGGAUCAGGAUAUAGGGUACCCUAGCAUACCCAGGCCGUGGGCUCUUGGUUAUUUUGAGGUGUGAGUGUAGCACCUGCAUCUGCUCUCUCUCUAAAGAAAUGGGCUCCAGAGAAUCCUAGCAGCUCCCAUCAGAGCCCAGUCAUGGGAGGGGGAUCAGAGGAGGCAGGGAGGGCCACAUGAUCUGAGUCCCCUUUUGCCUUCUUGCUCCACAGAUCUCUGUCCAGAUUUUUUUAUUUUUUGAGGGCACCAGUCUGGAUUUCCAAGGAAGAAAUUUCCUCUGAAGUACCGGAACUGACUGGCACAAUGCCGUACCAAUACCCAGCGCUGACCCCGGAGCAAAAGAAGGAGCUGUCUGACAUUGCUCACCGCAUUGUGGCUCCGGGCAAGGGCAUCCUGGCUGCAGAUGAGUCCACUGGGAGCAUUGCCAAGCGGCUGCAGUCCAUUGGCACUGAGAACACCGAGGAGAACCGGCGUUUCUACCGCCAGCUGCUGCUGACUGCCGAUGACCGAGUGAAUCCCUGCAUUGGGGGUGUCAUCCUCUUCCAUGAGACGCUCUAUCAGAAGACAGAUGAUGGGCGUCCCUUCCCCCAAGUUAUCAAAUCCAAGGGUGGUGUUGUGGGCAUCAAGGUGGACAAGGGCGUGGUGCCCCUGGCAGGAACAAAUGGCGAGACUACUACCCAAGGGCUGGAUGGGCUGUCUGAGCGCUGUGCCCAGUACAAGAAGGAUGGAGCUGACUUUGCCAAGUGGCGGUGUGUGCUGAAGAUUGGGGAACACACCCCCUCAGCCCUUGCCAUCAUGGAAAAUGCCAAUGUUCUGGCUCGUUAUGCCAGCAUCUGCCAGCAGAAUGGCAUCGUGCCCAUUGUGGAGCCUGAGAUCCUCCCUGAUGGGGACCACGACUUGAAGCGCUGUCAGUAUGUAACUGAAAAGGUCCUGGCUGCUGUCUACAAGGCUCUGAGUGACCACCACAUCUACCUGGAAGGCACCUUGCUGAAGCCCAAUAUGGUCACCCCAGGCCAUGCCUGUACCCAGAAAUUUUCUAAUGAGGAGAUUGCCAUGGCAACUGUCACUGCCCUGCGCCGCACAGUGCCCCCUGCUGUCCCUGGGAUCACCUUCCUAUCUGGAGGUCAGAGUGAGGAGGAGGCAUCCAUCAACCUCAAUGCAAUCAACAAGUGCCCCCUGCUAAAGCCAUGGGCCCUGACCUUCUCCUAUGGCCGAGCCCUACAGGCCUCUGCUCUGAAGGCCUGGGGUGGGAAGAAGGAGAACCUGAAGGCUGCCCAGGAGGAAUACAUCAAGCGAGCACUGGCCAACAGCCUCGCCUGCCAAGGAAAGUACACCCCAAGCGGUCAGGCUGGGGCUGCAGCCAGCCAGUCCCUCUUCAUCUCUAACCAUGCCUACUAAGCAGAGGUGAUCUAAGGCUGCCCCAUCAACACUCCAGGCCCUGCCCACUCCCCUACUCACUCUUGAAGAAGAGGCCUCAUCCGGGGCUCUAGGCUGCUCUUUCCCAGCACUCUUGCCUCCCUUGUGACAUUGGUGCAUGGUGUUGUCUGUGUGUGCCAACUCCAAUGCCGUUUCCAGCCCACUGCCAAUAAACAACUAUUUAAGGGGGA